AUGUCAUCCCAGCCUCAGCAAGACCUCUACUCGAUCGCAGGAGCACCUUGGCAACCCACGUGGAUGAACGAACAGCUGAUCCAGCUCGUUCUGACCAUGUCCUGUUCGCCGGACGUUCGACAGAUGGACGAGAUCUACCAUGCGGUUCGUCUAACGAUUGCGCAGCGCGGGGAUCUGAACGCGGAAGCCUGGGCGGUGCUAAUCGAGACCUACGGCCGGCUGGGCCAGGUCGGCCGGCUCCGCGAGAUGUAUGGCCGCGCCCAGAGCACUCUCGCUUCCUUUUCUAUUGACGAAAGGAGCUCAACCCUCAAGAAGAUGCUUCGACACUCCUGGUGGACUCGGGUCGAAGAGCGCAUGGUCAUCGGCCUGGCUUACUGCGGCUUGCACAACGAACUCUUGGUCCACAAGACAAGCCUCCACAACAGCGGCGCGCGGCUCUCGGCUGAUAUCUACGAGGCCAUAUUUAGAAGCACGGGAAAAAAUCUACAGCAUGUCAUGAAGGCCUUCAACUAUUUCGAAGAAGCGAAGCAGAACGGAGUGCAACUGAGCACGCUCAGUUGCAACAUUUUGCUAACGAAGCUUGCAAGGGUGCGACGAACAAGCGACAUGUUGUCAGUGUAUGACGAAAUGAAACGGUCCGGCACGCCGAGGAACGCGCGAACCUUUGAGACGAUCCUCCAUGAGUUGAGCAGGAGCGAUGAUAAGGCUAAGGCUGAGGAGGUCUUCCAGGAGAUGCUCCUAUGUGAUGACAACCCCCGGAUCGGCACUUUCAUCACCAUGAUGAAGCUGUUUAAUCAGAGUGCCAAAUACCCCAAUCGACCAAAGGUUCUGUACUACUACGACAUGAUGAUCCGGUCUAAGAUAUCCCCUAACGGCAAUGCUUACAAUCUGUUGAUGGAAGCGUAUGGGAUGAUUGCGCCAUAUGACUCAGCGGGGAUGGAGCGGGUCUUCCAGGCUGCAUGCAGGGACCCAAACGUGCAGGUCACGGGAGCGCAUUGGGCGACGAUACUGCGAGUGAAGGGGGCUUUGGAGGGGGACCUGGCGGGAGCAAUUGUGCAGUUUGAGCAGAUCAGCAGGACGGGGAACGGACGAGGGAUCGGAGUGGGCGGCGCUCGGCAGCAGGCGGAUGGGAUGUGUUACGAGGCGCUGUUCGAUGGCUUCGUGGCCUGCAACCGCGGCGAUCUCGCCUACCCGUAUGUGGAACGGAUGCAGGAGGACGGGGUGUUGAUGACGGCCGAAUUGGCCAACAAGCUCAUGAAGCUCUUUGCUUCCUCGGGUCAAGUCGACAAGGCCCGCGAGAUAUUCGAGGCGUUCGUCGACUGCCCUCCUCCCGCUCAGGACGGGCUCAACAGCUAUCCACGACCCAACCUCACUCCUUCUCUGCCGGCUUCCAAUCAGCAACGGCACGCCGAUCGCUCGGUCUAUCAUCAGCAGUCGGCCUGUCGGAAACGGCUCUGCUACGAAACAAUGAUAGCGAUUGAAUUCAACGCUGGGGAUCACGAGCCCGGCUGUGGCGGGAUGAUCACGAUAUGGGCGAUGGCUAAGGAUCUGUGGGGGGCAUGUGAGCUGGGCAAAGAGUGCUCACUGGAGGCUACUGAAAGAGCACGGUGCAGUCCCCACAGAGAGCAACAACGACUACCAGGAGAACUGAGCGAGCUGCUCAAGGACAUCAGGGCAGCACUCGACCGUCUCGACACAGUCCAACCCACCCAGCUCAAAACACACACACAAACCACCGACGCCUUCGACGCGAUCACCAGCGAGAUCAAGCAGGAACUCAGCCGGAUCGCCAGCCAGCUCGACGAACUCGAGCUGCUCGCAGAUGAAGCCGAGGAUGAGGCGAGCAGAACGCACGCACUGAAGACCGUAGAGGACCAUCGAAACCAGGCCACCGGGCUCAGAGGGUCUUUCCGCACGAUCUCCCUGGACGUCAAACGGGCCCUCUCGAACAGCACCCUCGAGUCAGCACGAGCCGAGCUGCUCAGCGGGGCGACGCCCAAGACUGGCAGAUCAUCUAACACGCAUGACGCGCUCAUCUCCGCCUCCUCCGAUGUCACCCAAUCACUCCGGAACACGCUCGAGAUCAUGCGCCAGGAACUGGAUCGCUCAGUGAUGUCCACCCACUUACUAGAUUAG